CUAACCGGACUGCCAAAUAUAGAGGCGAAAAGAUGUCACAAUAACACCUGGGUUGCCGAAAGCACGAAGGACAAAAUUGAGGAACUGUUACCGCCUAAUUUUCUCGACCAAGACUCGAGGUUCUUACAAGCCAAUGCGUUGUAUUUUCGAGGGUCAUGGGAUCACCCGUUUGAUAAGGAACAAACUCAAGAGAGUGACUUCCAUUGCUUGAACGGGGAAUCAAGGAAAGUGCAAAUGAUGUAUAGGAAAUCGCCCUUCUAUCUGGCUGAUCUCGCAGAACUGGACGGUAUGGCUACACAAUUUCCUUUUCGACCGAGCGAUUCCCAGAGUGAAUGGUCGCUGAUGAUUUUGUUGCCACAAGAAAGGACUGGUUUGCCGAAACUUCUUUCCAGAUUACAAGCACCAGGACAAUUGGCUUCCGCACUGAGAAGCCCGUUCGUUCCACAUGGAAAACGCUUACUUGUAUCUACCGAAAUUCAAGCUCGCGCAUCAACCCAUGAUAGAUUUGCAGCCGAUUUUAUAUGA